AUUCCGUCAUUUCCAUGGGGUCACGGCGCGGAGGCGUGUAUUCUCAUCUGCGAUUCCCCUUGUGCAGAUGGGUUUUUGGUCAAAAUCCCAGCUUCUUUCGCAUUCUGCUGGUUUUCGACGGAGAUCUCCCACGGCCCUGUGGUUGAAUGUUUCAAUGGUCGAAUGGCCGAGUCGUUGAGUUACCGAUCGUCCGUGCAGCGCCCACAUGUUGAAGCUCUGCUCGAGGUACUCGUCCUGUUCGUUAAGGUUUGAUUCUCUGGAUUGGUGCUCAACAGCGGGACUGAGCGUUGGUGCGCGGAAAUGAAUUGGGCACAGGGAGAUGAUGUUUUGCGAGUGCGGGAUGCGGAGGAGGGCGGGGAGGAAUUGGAGAUUGGGGUUUUAGUGACGAUUUGACCCGGGCAGGGAGGCAGCCGCUGUAUUUUUUAUUUAAUUAUUUCAUUAUUUCAUUCUGAGCUCGUGUGAGACUUUCAACCCCUUGAAGUUCAAUUCGAGGGGCUCUGUUGCCCUCAGUAGCGGGUAGAAUUGACAGAUAGUUUCAGCACGCAAUUGGUGGAGUCUUGGCAAAUGCUGUAGAUUUUAGAGCCCGAGUUGGAGAGCCGUAGGCUGAGUGUGGUAGUGAGGGCAUACUUGGAGGCUGGGAGAAAUGUCGUCUGGAAAGCCCUCCGUGAGGUCUCGUCCUGGCUCCCUGUCGAGGGCGGCACCUGUGAGGUCCGUUUAUGACUCCUAUCGUGAAGAGCAAGAGGCAAGUCUCGACAGGAGAUCUUGGAGUCAAAGCAGUUCGAGGAGCGAUUCGAGGAGCGACUCGAGAAGCGAUUCGAGAAGCGAUUCGAAGAGGGCUGGAGAUGCUCAAAAGUGCGUAUCCAAGAGCGAGAUGGACAUUCGGGUCGUAUGCGAGGAGCUCACAGAGUUGCAAAAAACAUGUGCAGACAGCAUGCGAAAAAAUGCUUAUGAAAAUUACGGCGUAUUCAUUAGGACCUCUCAAGAAAUUUCAGACAUAGAAGUUGAGGUCACGACUAUGAACAACAUGCUGCGAUCCCAAACAGAUCUGAUCCGCACUCUAGCUGGAAGUGGGGCUUCUCUACCACUAGCUGAAUCGACGGAGCGUCUUAGCAGAGACUAUUUCAAGGACGACGACGACGACGACGAAGAGCCUACAGACUUGGCGAAGCGUAUAGAGCUUCUUCCUGAUAGUCUGGACGUGCUCUUAACAGAACGGAGGGUAGAUGAUGCUCUUGCUUUGCUUGAGGAAGGAGAGGCCCUAGCGGUGCGACUCUCCAAAGCAAAUGGAGGAGUCGAGAGCGUGAAUAGAGACGCCGUUCGGCAGUUCGAGGAGAAUUUAUCGGAAAGGAAAUCAGGUUUGGUUGUUUAUUUAGUGGACGCAGUGCGGCAACUCACAUUCAGAGGCUCGGAGCUCAGGCAUGCCAUUGCUGCGUUGGACAAGCUAGGGGACGGAUCUCGUGCUCACACGCUGUUGUUGCAAUCUCACGAAGAGAGGUUGAAGCGUAACAUGAAUCAACUGCGACAAGGUGGCGCCUCGUAUGGGGGUGUUUACACUACUGCCGUUUCACAACUGGUCUUCUCUGCCAUUGCUCAAGCUUCUAGAGAUUCGGUGGCCGUAUUUGGUGAGGUGCCCUCGUAUGCCUCAGAGCUAGUGCUGUGGGCAACCGAAGUGACCGAAAUGUGUGCUUCUGUUAUUACACGUAAUGUGCUGUUGUCAUCAGCUGCAUCUGGGAGCCUGCGAGCAGCUCUAGAAUGUGUCCAAAUUGCCCUUGGACACUGUGCUUUGUUAGAAGAGCGGGGUUUGACGCUGUGCCCCACACUCACGAAGCUGUUACGACCCAGUGUAGAACAAGCUCUGCAAGCGACUUUGGCCAGUAUUUUGGAAGAUGUGGGCUCUCUGGCUGCAAAUGACAACUGGACCCUGGAUGUCUCUCCUCAACGAGGUUCACGUGGCUUUAUGUCAAAUCUGAGACUCACUACCAGUGGCCACCGCUUCCUUUCACUGGUGCAGGACUUCCUCGAAGACUACCCAGCUCUUGUCAGCAUACAGUUGGGUCAAGGUGUACUGGAUUGUGUGGUGGAGAUCUUUGAGCAAUAUGUUCAACUGCUUGUUAAGGCGCUCCCCGGUCAAGAGGUCGAGGAGGAAGGCAAAAGGAAGGUUCGAAUAGCAGCCAGUGAGGACCAGCAGUUGUCAUUACUGGGCAACGCGGCAGCACUAGUUGAUGAGCUUGUGGGAGGCGCAGCUUCCACAAUCUUGCCGGGUGGCACUCAAUCAUCCGGAGAUUUGAGGGUUUCGCGUACCUCAUCUUUGACAGCCCGUUCACCUGAACUCAAGGAUCUGCGGCGGCAGCUCCAAUUACACGUAGAAACAUUGAAGUUAAACCUCUGUAAUGGAAUAAUUAUAAGCUUGUGUUAUGAUGACUACGAGAGUAAGCUUAGUGCGACAACCUAUUUCCAGAUUGAUUCGGAUGUGCCCACGUGGCAUGAGAAUCCUACGCCCACACCACUUUUUCAGUCUAUAUUUCAGAAGUUAGUAUCCAUGCAUCAGGUGGCUGGGCAUGUGCUAGCUGGAAAGGAUAGGGUCACGCAGCUAUUCCUUAUACGUCUCACCGAAACGUUUGUGAAAGAUUUGAGUACAAACCCGGAACUAUGGUGCCCGAUCGAAGAGGACCCAGGCAGCCUGGGCCCUUUUGGCUUGCAGCAAUUUCUAUUCGACAUGCAGUUCCUCACCGUCGUUGCAAGGAACUUGAGAUGCUUGUCGAGGACUGUGUUUCAAGCAAUCUCUCAGGAAGAAGAGCGCAUGAAGGAAGCAUACAAAAUCGGUGGUGCUGAACUUACCAGUGCUCUGCCGGACCCUGCAUGGUUGGAGGCUGCAGUUUUCGACAACUUCGACCAUCUAAUGGACCAGUGGUUCGGUCUCAGUGGAGUGGCACCUCGAGACGUCAGCGAUGUUCAGUCUGUAUCGUCGACGCGCUCCAAUGACUGAGAUGCACUGGAAUGUAGGAAGCUCGCAGCUUGUUUCACACUUGUAAAUCUGCCUAGACCUCCAGGAGCUCGAUAAUAGCUCACCCUGCACGGAACAAGACAUUCGUAGCAGCAGGUGACCAUGAGAAAAUCACGCCCCAUUGGCACAGCUCCUUCUCAUUUUGUCCGGCAACUUUGUGAUUGUGAUGUUGAACCCACAUUUUUACGAGUAACCUUGGGGCUUUUUUUUUUUUUUUUUUUUUUUUUUGUCUAGUUCCUGCCAGUUUCCGCAUUUGCUCAGGCCAUUUAGAAGUAAAGCACUUCAAAAAUUGUUCCAAGCUUUUGGUGCGUAUAUUGUGAAAUCGAACUAUGUACACUUAUGAUCUUCAGCUUUUAUUACCACACGAUAUUGUUUUUGUUA